AUGGAUUUUAAUUUUUCUUUUGUAAUUCUUUUAAUGUUAAUGGAUGUUUUGCUUAUAAAUUCACUUUCACCGCCAAUAACACCGCCAAAUGAUCCCAAAAAAUUAGAACCCAAACCGAGUUUGAAAGAUGAAAUUAAAGGAAUUCAAUAUGGAUUUGAUGAAAAGGAUGAACCGCGUCAUUUUCAAUUUCGAAAGGAUAUAGAGUCAAAUUAUAAAGGAAAGUCUGGAUAUGUUUGCAAAACUUAUAAAAAUGGGGUUUAUUGUGGUUGUGUAAUUAGAGGUAAAUUACCUGAAAAGUUUAAUUUGCCGAUACCGGACAUGGACUGUGCUGAAAAUUUUUGGAAAAUAGCUUCGAUGGCAAUGUGUGGGAAUGGAUAUUUUGACCAAAUGAAGCUGUGUGCUCUGACCAACUUUUUUGAUGAUCAGAAACCGGAGAAUGUUCCAAAAGACAAUCGACAUAAAAAAAUGUUGGUGCUUUUGGAUGGCUGUGCGACAUGUUCUGGUGGUGGCAAAAUUACGGGAUUACGUAUCACACAUUUAGAGGAAGCUGGCGGCUUCUUUUCUAAAUGUGAUGAAAUGAAAGAAUUUGAAGCCUUUAGCGUUUCUGAUCUUUCAAUUAAUAUCCCUGCUAGUAAUAAGGUUGAUGGAAAUUCUGCAUCAUUUACAAUCCCCGCCAUUUUAACUCAUCGUGUAUGUAACAACAUUUUUUACGAAAAUAUUGCUAAAGAUAAUUAUGUUAAUGUUAAACUUCACAUUGAUUAUGAGUAA